AUGUUGAAGAGAAACAUCUCCAGGAUUAACCAGGCAAUGGGGCUUCCGCAGCGAUCGUCUUCUAACAACAAACCACCGAAGCAUGGCAACAACAAUAGCAGCAGCGAUCCGCAUCCUGUAAAUACGAAAACCGCACCGAUUUCUGACCAUGUUAGGGCCAAGAGUACUGAAGAUGUACAAUAUAAGUCAUGGGUGGGGGAGCACCCGUCAGCAUUGCACUCGUUUGAUCAGAUGAUGAAGGUGGCAAAAGGGAAGAAGAUCGUCGUGUUUUUAGAUUACGACGGAACUCUCUCCCCUAUUGUAGAUGACCCUAACUCCGCCUUCAUGUCCGACGAGAUGCGUGCAGCUGUACGUGAGGUUGCUAAAUGCUUUCCAACUGCUAUAAUCAGUGGUAGGAGUAGGGAAAAGGUCAAGGAGUUUGUACAGUUGAGUAAUGUAUAUUAUGCUGGGAGCCAUGGGAUGGAUAUCAUGGCACCUCCAAGGCCAGUUAAGUCUUGCGACGGCAAUACCCCAACUGUGGUAAUGGACAAGAAGGGAACUGAAGUGCUCUUUCAACCUGCAAAGAGUUUUUUGCCUGCAAUUCAGAAGAUAUUGACUGAACUAGAGGAGGAAACAGCAAAGAUAAAAGGGGCCAUGGUGGAGGAUAAUCGGUUUUGUGUCUCUGUACAUUUCCGGCACGUCAAGGAUGAGGAUUAUCAGAUCCUGGAGGAGAAAGUUAGGUCUGUGUUGGAGAAUUAUGCAGGGUUUCACUUGUGCUGGGGUAAAAAGGUUAUGGAGAUACGACCGACGAUAGAGUGGGACAAAGGUCAUGCUGUGGAGUAUUUCCUAGAGACUUUAGGGCUAAGUAACUCCGAUGUUCUCCCAGUCUACAUCGGUGAUGACCGGACAGAUGAAGAUGCUUUCAAGGUAAUACAACGAAGAGGACAAGGAUACCCUAUCGUCGUAACUUCCAUCCCUAAGGAAACUAAAGCAUCCUACUCCCUAAUCGACCCAUCCGAAGUUCUGACUUUCCUGUUACGCCUAGCGAGGUGGAGGAAAUCCUCGAGUUCAAGUAGAUCGCUCAACCAAAUCUGGGGUGUAGCCAACUGA